AUGAGUUUUAAUAAUAAUAAUCAUAAUGAUGGUAAUCCAUUCUAUUCAGAUGUACCUCAACAAUCACCACCUCCAAAUCAACAACAACAACAGCCACCACAACAUUCACCACAACAACCAACAUAUAAUCAACCACAAGCCAUCUUUACCAAUACCAAUGUAAACUUUGAUGACUAUAGUAGUCAGGUUCCAAAACAACAACCAUCUUAUCAACCAAAUCUUCAAUUCCAAAGCUUUGCACCACAAACAUCAGGAGGAGGAAGCUCAAGCAACAACAACUCUAUCAAUAAUAACAAUACUCAAAACAAGAUUGGAGGAGGUAAUCAUGUUCCUGAAUCUGACUUUUCUGAACAUGCUUCACUCAACAACAAUACAGAUCAAAGUGGUGGAAGUGCACAAGAUAAAAAGUAUAGCUUUUGGCAAGUACCAUACUAUCGUUUUCUCUUUAACGUCGAUACCGUUGAAGUAGGUCAACGUCUUCUUCGUUCAAUGAUGCCAAUCAAGUUUUCAUUCUUUAAUCUUAUAAAAGAAAAUCCAGAUUUAUACGGACCAGUUUGGGUAUCAACAUCAUUAGUAUUUAUUAUUGCCAUUUCAGCCAAUCUCAAUGAAUAUUUCCAAACUGAUCAUACUUUAUGGAAAGCUGAUAUUCAAAAAGUAGUUUAUAGUGCAAUUGCAAUCUAUGGUUAUUCAUUUGUCGUUCCAUUUAUUUUAUGGGCAGUCUUUAAAUGGAUGAAACUUGGUUUGAGACUUAUCGAUAUGGCUUGUAUUUAUGGUUAUUCAUUAUUUAUCUUUGUUCCAAUCUCUGUUUUAUGUGUCAUUCCAAUUGGUAUUGUUCAAUGGGUGAUUGUUGGAUUUGGUGCGCUCGUCAGUGGUGCAUUCCUCGUCACCAACAUCUUUACGCCACUCAAAGAGGAUUUUACCAAGCGUGGCAUUAUUAUUUGUGCCAUCAUUGGUGCUCUCCAUCUUGGUCUUGCCUUGUUCCUCAGAUUAUAUUUCUUUGCCAACUAUACAAACGAUCUUGUCGGUUCGUCGUCAGACGCUGGUAGCUCUUCUGCAGCUCCAACACCAACUCCAACUCAAACUCCUACUCUAGCUCCAAAUACAACAACGACUGCCUAA